AAUGGUACUGUAAAAUACAGUACUCGUAGGCAAUACAAUGAGCAAAAUAGUUUAAUGGUAAACCAACAAUAGCAAUGCAAACCAAAAACGCUAAGUCCUUAAUGCAACCAAAACAGUUUGUUGUUCGUAGUUUAGUUGGUGUUUGUAGUGUUCAAGAGCCUGAUGGUUGUUAGGAAGAAAUGUAAGAAAUAUAAUAUAAGAGAGAGAGACAAGAGACAGCAGAUACUGGAUUCAUGUGUAGAACAUAAAGUGCUGGAGUAACUCAUGCAACAUCUGUGGAGGACAUGGAGGGAUGACGUUUCAGGUCAGGACCCUUAUUUCAGUACUUUGUGUUCUUUCAUAAUAUAAGGUUUUGUAUGAUUCUUGAUACUGGGAUUUCAGCUCCUGAAAGGCUGAACGCUGAGAUAUUACUUGUUUUCGGAUGUACAAAGACCAUGUACACUAGGUACAGGAUACUGAGUUGGAUGAUCAGCCAUGAUCAUAUUGAAUGGCGGUGCAGGCUCGAAGGGCCGAAUGGCCUACUCCUGCACCUAUUUUCUAUGUUUCUAUGAAAGGUGGUAGAUUUAGAAUUUAGAGAUACGGUGCGGAAAUAGGCCCUUUUGCCCACUGAAUCCACGCUGACCAACGAUCAACCAUACAGUAGUUCUAUGUUAGCCCACUUUUCGCACACUUCGCACUUGGGGUAAUUUACAGAAGCCAAUUAACUUACAAACCCGCUCGUCUUUGGGAUGUGGGAGAAAACUGGAGCACCCGGAAAAAACCCACGCGGUCAAAGGGAAAACAUGCAAGCUCCCUGCAGACAGCACCCGUAGCCAGGAUCGCUCCCGGGUCUCCUCGCUGUCAGGCAGCAACCCUACCGCCAUGUCACUGUGCCGGAAUUCGGAAUUGUUUAUCAUUUCCAUAUCUCUGCUGACAAAGUACAGGAGAAGCAGUUAGCUUUGUCAUUCAUCCAUGUUAAUUCACUUAUAAUAGAUAUGUACCUCCAAUGUCAUAGCGUUUCAAUCAUAAUGUGUUAUGUCUGGACUCAGCUUAUUUGUUCCGACAAGCCAAUGUGAAAACAGGGCGUCUGCUAUGUUCAACGCAUCUCGCCUGUGAUAUUAGAAAUGACAACCUUUGUUGGUAGGCAGUGAAAAUGCUCAAAAGUUAAUGCGAUCAAAUCACUUAUCCUGUCAGUAUUUUUAAAGGGUUUGAAAAACAAAAGCAAUGGAAUGUGUUUGCUACAAGAAAAUCUCAGUGGAUUUCUCCUGUUUCCCACAUCGUUUGGAUAAUCCCAAUCUGCACUAGUGGGUUUAAAGGAUUCGUAGAGUGUUAGUUUAGUUUAGUGUAGAGAAACAUUAGCGGAACCAGGCCCCGGCCCAUCGGUCCAUUGAGUCCGCACCGACCAGCGAUCCUCGCACACUAACAUCAUCCUACAUACUAGGGACAAUUUACAAUUUUACCAAGCCAAUUAACCUCCAGUUUAAAUUCAAUUUGGAAUAUUUUGGAGGACCAGGAAACCAAGAAACCAAGAAACCUACAAACCCGUACGUCUUUGGAGUGUGGGAGAAAACCGCAGAUCCGGAAAAAACCCACUCAGGUCACGGCGAGAAUGUUCAAACUCUGUAUAGAAAGCACCCAUACUUAGGAUCGAACCCUGGUCUCUGGCGCUAUAAGGCAGCAACUCUACCACUGCGCUACCGUGCCAAGUCAUACAGUACAGAAACAAGUCCUUCAUCCUAACUUGCCCAUGAUGACUAAGAUUCCCCAUCUAUGCUUGUCCCACCUGCCAUGUUUGGCGCAUAUCCCUUCAAACCUUUCCUAUCUAUGUACCUUUCCAAAUGUUCAAAUAAUUUUUCAAAGAAUAAUACAAGAGUUUUCAAAGAAUAACACAAAAUUGGUCUCAGCCAUCAAAACUAAAAUUCAAGACUGAAGCAGUAUCUCUGGAGAAAAGGAAUAGGUGACAUUUUGGGUCCAGACCCUUCUUCAGGUGUCAUUACUGGGCUUUAUCUUGCACUAAACAUUAUUCCCUUUAUCCUGUAUCGAUACACUGUGGAUGAUAUGAUUGUAAUCACGUAUAGUCUUUUUGCUAACUGGAUAAAAUGCAACUGUGUGCGACUUGAUUGGUACGGGAGUCAGGGGUUAUGGGGAGAAGGCAGGAGAAUGGGGUUGACAGAGAAAGAUAGGUCAGCCAUGAUUUAAUGGUGGAGUAGAAGUGAUGGGCUGAAUGGCCUAAUUCUGCGCCCAGAACAUAUGAACUUACGAACCAAAAAAAUGUUUUCACCGUACCUUGCUGUACAUGACAAUAAUAAUAAGCUAAACCAAAUAAUAAGUGGUAAGGUACAGUGCUGCCAUUCCUAGCCUGCGCUUCAUUGAUAACAGUUCAUUAACAGUCAGGACAAUGUAAGUGAAUCCAUCUUUAGUCAGGCAGAUUAUAUCCUGCUCAUAUGGCAACCGAUCACAACACAGUGCACAUCAUUGUGCCUCUGCUGAAGCGGAGACGAGGUUAAUGGGGGAUAAAGUUGUCCGGGUGUUGAGAAAACAGCUUGGCUAUUUGAUCAACUUGCCCCAGGCAGCUGGAGAAUCCCCAUUUACCGCCUCUGCGCCAAUGUACAGUAAAGACAGGGAGCGAGGCAUUGUCCUGUGAAGUCUUGUUGAUUUUUAAAAUAUAUUAUUGCCAACCAAACUCUUUGGACCCAUUCUUUAUCUCCUGCCAGCGAAUCUUUUUUUUUAAAGCGCUGUUGCAGACUGUUCUUGAAGCAGAUUCAAUGGGUUGUUCAAGCAGCACACAGACCCAACCUCAGGACAGUAACAGACCAAACUCCAAACAGGAGGAGAAGAAUGGAGCCAGCAAAUGCGCUUCAGACGUGAAUGGCCCUAUAACCAACGAGGGAGAGACUAUUCCAGAUCACUCCCAGCUGCUGGAGCCAAAAGCGGCCGACACCGCUCCUCAUGAGGUAGUCACCAAUGAACCAAGCCCUUCUGAAGGUGGGGUGCAUUUGGCUUCGGCAUCUGAAGACAGUACAGAUCUCGUGGGUUUGACCACUGAGGAGCCAGAGAGUUCCGCAGCUCCAGUGGAAGAGAAUACGUUCACAGAAGCCGACGAUAUUGAAGAGAUCCAAUCUUCAGAGGACCAGAUUGAAGGUGAGACUGGGGAGAAGGUAGAGUGUGAGACAGCCAUCGAAGCCAAGGACGAAGAGGAGGAAAGUGAAGUGGAGAUAUCAGAAGAGAUACUGGCCUCUGGCAUGACAGUGUUAAUGUCAGAAAGUAAGAAAGAUUAAACCUCUGCUACUUCAGUUCUGGAAAGCUCUGCCGACAAUACUCUCUCCUCGACAAGAAUAUGUACAGCUGCCUCAUAUCUUACAACCACUCUCCGACAGAGGGAUUCUCAGUCAGUUUCGGCCACCCGCAGACUAAAAGAGGAAUCUGCUGUUGCUCGACUUUCAACCUGGUGUUUCUACGCACACUUGCCAAGCCACAGCCAACCAGUACACUCAACUGGACAACUCAGUGUGUUACUGAUAUCCUUCGACGGUCCAGUCACGUAACUGUACAGAUGAGAGGCAGUGACACUUUUCUCUGCUACAGCGAGUGUUUCUCACUCUACAUUCACCAUCCUUCUAAGUCAAGCCAGUGCCGAUCUCUCUAACGUGGGACUGGAACUUCGCAGGUGGAAAAAACAAAUCAAUUUCAAAUUCAUAAUUCAGCUGAAAAACUAGCAACACUGAGCCAAAAAAGACGUUGCACAAUCAUCUUGUAACGGUAGAGGGCAUGUAACAAUGUGGCGGUACCUUAUAAACCUUACAAUGCUACAGUACAGAGUAUCAUUUUAUAAAUGCAUUCCAUGUUUUGUGACACCGCAAGCUAACGGUGUUACACAGGGCUUCAUAGUGUGAAUUAUUGUUGUCGAAGCAUGAACUUAGUAGGACCUCCAAGUUGCUUGCAGUACUAGGUACUGCUGCUUGGCUGAUACAGUUUUAUACGCGUUCCACCAAAAUGGUGCAUGUAAUGUUCAAUGCUGCAUGAAAUAGAUUAACAAUAUAUAUAUAUAUGAAUAAAUAGAUUUUAAUGAUUGGUCACAUAUUGAAAAUGGUUAUCUGUGAAAUUUAUUCUUACCAAAUAUAACGUUUGAAAAAGACUGACUUUGUUUAGCAAAGGGCUAUGGACCCAGACAGGUAGAUGGAUUUAUGAUCUAGAAGAGCCCGGGUAGAGAUGCUGCCUUACAGAGCCAGAGACCUGGGUUCAAUCCUGACUACAAGUCAUACAAGCCUGGAUGCAGUAUGUAUGUUUUCCCUGUGACCACGUGGGUUUCCUCCCACAUCCCUAAGACAUGUAGAUUUGUAGGUUAAUUGGCUGCUGUAAAUUAUCCCCAGUGUGUAGGAUAGUGUCAUUGUGCAGGGAUUGCUGGUUGGCAUGGACGCAGUGGGCCAAAGAGCCUGCGUCCACGGUGUAUCUCUAAACUAAACUAAUGCUGUGGGUUUGGCUACCAAAUGUAUCAGUGAUCACUCGUUGUAGUAAUAGUGGAAAUAAUCAGCAGUUUAGAAGCCCACAUCACCAGGUUCAGGAACAGCAACUUUCCUAUAACCAUCAGGUUCUCUAUCCCAACCACAAUCCCUAAUCCUACCUACAUGGUGCAACAGUUCCUUUAUUACCACGUUAACCAAGGAACAGUGAAAUUCUCAGCAACUGGACACUAGUUUCACCUCUUGCACUACUAUGGGACUUUUUUAAAUUUUAAUUAUGUUUUUACAUAAUGUCUUGUUCUUUUUGCAGUCUUCGUUCUUCCAGAAAUAUUAUGUAUAGUUUAUGUGUGUUUGUCUGAGUCUAUGUGCCUGUGUUGCUGCUUCAAGCAAGAUUUCCAUUGUACCUGAACCUCACCGUACUUGUGCAUAUGACAAUAGAUUCGCCAUGACUUGAAUGUUCCCAAGAACAGCAUAGCCAAUAAAGCAUUAAUCAAGUUAUUUGCACGUUAAUAUGAAAUAUGUUAGCGUGUGUCUCUGUGUGUAACGAACUAAGGAACACUGGAAUACCCAGGCCAUCUCUUCACAAGCUGCACAGAGAACCCACUGCUCUACCCAAAGUGGGACCUUGAUUAGCAUCUAUUCAAGAAUCCUACAGUCCCCUCCUUCAGAACCAAGCUGACACGUCAGCCAGUACAAACACAUUGACAUCCAAAAUAAUGAUAUAAAAGCAUGGAAUAACACGCUAAAGAAGUCCCGACCUGAAACAUCACUUGUUCUCCAGAGAUGCUGCCUGACCUACUGAGUUACUCCAGCACUUUGUCCUUUUGUGUAAACCAGCAUCCGUAGUUCCUUGUUUCUACAUUGACAGCAAGGCCACCAGCACAAUCAAGGACGAGUCUCACCUCCGUCACUCCCUCUUCUCCCCUUCAGGCAAGAGGUACAGCCCAUAUCUCCAGAUUCAGGAACAGUUUCUUCCCUACUAGAGAGCGGUCCUGACCUCCCAUCUACCUCAUUGGUGACCUUUGAACUAUCUUUAAUUGGACUUUAUUGGACUUCUUGCACUAAAUGUUGUACCCUUUAUCUGUGCACUGUGGAUGGCUUGAUUGUAUUCAUGUUUAGUCUUUUCUUUGACUGGUAUUGAAGAAUUCACUCAUCAGAUAUAUUGGAUAGCAUGCAAACAAAACCUUUUCACUGUACCU